UGCACAUCUUUUUAGCGACCGCGCGUCUCGGUGGCGGAGAGUCUCCGCGUUCCCACCUCGGGUGCGUGUGCACGUCUCCGGGCGCGCGUGAGACCAGGGUUCUGGAUUUUUGCGCAUUCUGGACUUUAAGGGUUCUUUGAGAACUCUGUAUUCGGACUAGGACGGAAAUAAACCUCCUGACCGACCAUGACGGAGCGCGUGCCCAAAGCAGCGCUUUAUAUUUAGCUGCUGGACUUCAGACAGUGAGGAGAGAAGAGGGGAAGUGACUGGAUAGAGAGAGACAGAGAGAGAGAGAGAGAGAGAGAGAGAGAGAGAGAGAGAGAUAGGUUUUCACUGGAAACUCUAAAUAAAGGCGCGCGCGCAAACAAAUCCACAAGAAAUAAUCAGUGUCACAGAAGCCGGAGGAUUUGAGGAUCAGAAGUCAGUGGUCAGUGAUGAGAGCUGGCUUGAUGAGCAGGAGGUCUCUGUGCUGCGGGGACGCGAGCGCGCGCACCGUGCCUCCAUCCGCACCACGCGCUUAUUAGACUCCAGAGAACCAGGAAAGAGUUACACACACACACACACACACACACACACACACACACACACUCCCUGCGCGGGGAUGGAGGUGUCCAGCCAGGCGGCGGGGGAGGCGGGGGGGGAUCACGCUGCCAGCGUUUCGUUGACCGCUGCGGAGAGAGCGGACGUCCCGAGCCCGAGUCUGGUGUCGAAGCAGCGCAGUCUGAGGGCCGUGUACGUCCUGAACGACGGGCUGAAGGCUGUGGCGGCGAACAGCCCCGAGUCCGGAGCGCUGCAGUGCCUCCAGAGAGCGUGCGACGCCGAGAGCGCCAUCCUCACCACCGUCACCUUCGGCAGGCUGGACUUCGGCGAGACCUCGGUGCUGGACACUUUUUACGAUGCAGACAUUGCGGUGGUGGACAUGAGUGACGUGUUCCGGCAGCCAUCUCUCUUUUAUCACCUGGGAGUUCGGGAGAGCUUCGACAUGGCCAACAACGUUAUCCUGUACCACGACACCGACCCUGACACUGCACAGUCCCUGAAGGACAUGGUGGCCCAGAAAAACACAGCCUUUCAGCCCGUUACUCUGGGCUUCCCCUGGGUGCAGUUACCACCUGAGUACCGCGGCUCGGGUCUGAGGAAUAAAGCCUCCAGCGGGAAUUAUUAUUUUAUUCCCUACGUGAUGACGCCCAACAACGAGUACAUCUGCUGUGAGAACGUGGCCCAGCGCCGGGCGUCCGAGUACAUGCAGCCCAGCUGGGACAACCUGCUCGGACCUCUGUGUGUCCCACUGGUGGACCGAUUCGCAAGUCUGCUCAAAGACAUCCACGUCACGUCAUGUGCUUCAUUUAAAGACACGCUGCUGAACGACAUCCGGAAAGCGCGAGACAAAUAUCAGGGCGAGGAACUGGCCAAGGAACUGUCUCGCAUUAAACUGCGCAUAGACAACACCGAGGUUCUCACACAGGACAUCGUCAUGAACCUGCUCUUCUCCUACAGAGACAUACAGGAUUAUGAUGCGAUGGUGAAACUGGUGCAGACACUGGAGAUGUUGCCCACAUGUGACCUCGCCAACCAGCCCAUGAUCCAAUUUCACUACGCUUUUGCCCUUAACAGGAGGAACAGUCCAGGUGACAGGGAACAGGCUCUGCGUGUGAUGUUGCAGGUGCUGCAGUCAUGUGAACACCCCGCCCCGGACAUGUUCUGUCUGUGUGGUCGAAUAUAUAAAGACUUUUUCCUUGACUCAGAGUGUAAGGACACGAAGAGCCGUGAUAACGCCAUCCAGUGGUACAGGAAAGGGUUCGAGCUGCAGCCCACUCUGUACUCGGGCAUUAAUCUGGCCGUGCUGCUCAUCGUCUCUGGGCAGCAGUUUGAGAGCUCCAUCGAGCUGCGCAAAAUCGGAGUGAGGUUGAAUAGUCUCCUGGGCAGAAAGGGGAGUUUGGAGAAGAUGAAUAAUUACUGGGACGUUGGUCAGUUCUUUACCGUUAGCAUGCUGGCUAAUGACAUCCCCAAAGCCGUGCAAGCGGCCGAGAAACUCUUCAAACUCAAACCUCCGAUCUGGUAUCUGCGCUCCGUGGUGCAGAACCUCAAACUCAUUCAGCACUUCAAGAAGCAGAACACGGAGCACUCGGCUCAGAGAGAGAGACUUAACUUCUGGAUGGACAUCAUCGUCGAAGCCACACAGAGAACCACCAACAGCCUGCGCUUCCCUGUAUUGAUCCUGGAGCCGACUAAAGUGUAUCAGCCCUCGUAUGUGUCCAUCAACAGUGAGGCAGAGGAGAAAAAUGUCUCCAUAUGGCACGUUUCUCCUGCGGAGAUGAAAGGAAUUCAUGAGUGGAACUUUACAGCCUCAUCUAUCAAAGGAAUCAGCAUCUCCAAAUUUGACGAACGAUGCUGUUUCCUGUACGUCCAUGACAACUCGGACGACUUCCAGAUCUACUUUUCCACAGAGGAGCAAUGUGGCAGGUUCUGCUCCAUGGUGAAGGAGUUGAUCUCAGAUGGUUCGGGGAAUGCAGUGGAGCUGGAAGGAGAGGGAGAUGGUGACACUCUGGAGUACGAGUACGACUACAAUGAGAAUGGGGACCGGGUGGUCCUGGGGCGGGGCACAUACGGCGUGGUGUACGCCGGGAGAGACCUGAGCAACCAGGUGCGCAUUGCCAUUAAGGAGAUCCCCGAGAGAGACAGCAGGUACUCACAGCCGCUGCAUGAGGAGAUCGCUCUACACAAGUACCUCAAACAUAGGAACAUUGUGCAGUAUUUGGGCUCCGUGUCCGAGGACGGAUACAUCAAGAUCUUCAUGGAACAGGUUCCUGGGGGUAGUUUAUCAGCGCUGCUCCGGUCGAAGUGGGGUCCUCUAAAAGAAGCUACCAUCAUCUUCUACACGCGUCAGAUCCUGGAAGGUCUGAGAUACCUGCAUGAAAAUCAGAUCGUCCAUCGAGAUAUUAAGGGCGAUAACGUCCUGGUAAACACCUACAGUGGCGUUUUGAAGAUCUCCGACUUCGGGACCUCCAAGCGCUUGGCUGGAGUGAAUCCCUGCACCGAGACCUUCACCGGAACUCUGCAGUACAUGGCUCCUGAGAUUAUUGAUAAAGGUCCUCGAGGUUAUGGAGCUCCGGCUGAUAUCUGGUCUCUCGGCUGCACCAUUAUUGAGAUGGCGACUGGAAAACCUCCGUUUCAUGAGCUGGGCGAGCCGCAGGCGGCCAUGUUUAAGGUGGGAAUGUUUAAAAUCCACCCCGAGAUUCCCGAGUCGCUCUCCACCGAGGCCAAGUCCUUCAUCCUGCGCUGCUUCGAACCUGAUCCCAGCAAGAGAGCCACAGCUGGAGACCUGCUGAAGGACCAGUUCCUACGCCACAACAUCAAGGGCAAGAAGAACAAGAUCGCCUUCAAACCCUCAGUGUGGCAAGAUUAUAUUCGCAGUGUGUCAUUGCCGGUGCAGUUGCAGGCCGAAGCCACCGGGAGCAGCAGCAGUGAGCCAGGCUCUGUGUCACCGGAGUGCGACUCCAAACACGAUGUCUUCUUUAAGAAGGACAAACGCUCGGGUUCUGAGAACCUCAUAAAACCUACAACCUCCAGCUUCCUCAGCGUUCCUGAUGAAAGUCCGACUUCAGAGGACCGAACUUCUCCAGCCUCGUCUGAGAACAGCGACUCGGGACUCUUCCUGCUGAAGAAAGACAGCGAGAGACGAGCGAUCCUCUACAAGGUGCUGAACGAGGACCAGGACAAGGUCACGUCCAACCUCCUGGAGAACCACAUUCAGGGCAGCACGGAGGAGCUCAAGCUUUCUGUAGAGCACAUCAAGCAGAUCAUCUGCAUCCUGCGCGACUUCAUCCGUUCUCCCGAGCGCCGCGUCAUGGCCUCCACCAUCUCCAAGCUCAAACUGGACCUGGACUUUGAUAGCACCUCCAUCAACCAGAUCCAGCUGGUUCUGUUCGGCUUCCAGGACUCGGUCAAUAAAGUCCUGAGGAACCAUCACAUUAAACCCCACUGGAUGUUUGCGAUGGACAACAUCAUCAGACGAGCCGUCCAGGCUGCGGUCACCAUAUUAAUUCCAGAGCUGCAGACUCACUUUGGCCCGGCGUCUGAGAGUGAAGGAGCCGAGAAGGACGCAGACGAGGUGGACGUGGAGGAGGACGCUGACUUCAGCACCGUGGAGAAUGUCGCUCAGGAGGACACAGGCCUCACCUCAGGGGUCAGCACCCUCAGCUCGGUCAUAUCCCACGAUUUCCAGCGGCCUCAGCACCCUCUCGGAGCACAGCUCACACGCCUCAAACAGGAGACGAACAGGCUCCUGGAGGAACUGGUGCAGAAGGAGAAAGAGUACCAGCUGAUUCUGAGACAGACUCUUCAGCAGAGGGCACAUGACCUGGAGCUCUUCAGACUGAAAAACCAGCCUGCAGCUAUGAAUAACGGUGUUCUUUCAGUAGAACCUGCUUCUCCCUCCAUCUUCCACGUGGCAGCAGAACCGGAGCUGAGCGACUGGCUGAAGCAGCAGGGGGCAGACUCAGAGACCAUCACCAAGUUUGUAUCAGAGGAUUACACGCUAAACGAUGUUCUUAAUGACAUCACUAAAGACGACUUGCAGUACAUGAGACUGAGAGGCGGUGUGUUGUGUCGUAUCUGGAGAGCCAUCCAGAGGCACCGAGCCCGAGAGCAGAGGAGAAUACAGAGCAGUGAUGAGACGUCUGAGGGAUGAGCACAAGUUUGGUUCUUCACCUCGAACAUUUCUGACUUGACCUCACACUUUAAAACACAAAGACACUCACACACACACACACACACACACACACACACACACACAUACACACACACUUAGACGUAGAAACGGUGUGUUUUCGGAUCACUGGUUCCUUCCUUUACUUCUCACCUGAGAUUUGCAUGCGAGGCCUUUUCCCUCUGUUCCACCUGAACUUUCUCAUUACGUCCAGGAUGGAUAAUGUUCCUCUGACUUUCCUGGGGAAAAUCCACUCUGUGUUUAUGUUCAUCUUCUCAUCCUGGUUGUUAUUUUUGUAUUUUUUGUUUUCUAAUGUUUGACUGUAAAUCCUGUGAUGUAAUUCCUUUCAUGUUUUUGCGCAUUCCUCAUGUGCACACUUCGAGCUUGACACGUGCAGGAGCAUCAGAUGACAUGGAAUCGAUGCUGAAUGUCAGAACAGGGAACACGGAGGUCUUUUGUUGUGUUUUGAUGCACACGUCUCAACAAGCAGUUAAAAAAAGAACAGAUAGACUGCAUCACUGAUUUUCUUUUCCUUCCCUUACUUUAUUUUUUCCUGUUUUUUCCUCCUGCUCGAGCGCUUGGUGAAAGUUCAUUACACUUCUGAGUGAUUUCAGUAAUUAUAUCGAAAUGUUUUUUUAUCCAGAGUAUUCAGGAAUAAUCAUUUAGAAUAUUGAAAGACGUGUGAAUAAUUCAGAGGAAAACUUCAAUACCCUUCACUCAGAGCUUUAAAUAAACUCUAAAUACACAUUAUUUUCUGUAUUUGUACGAUGCAAAUGUUUGCACACCCUUAAAAAAUGAUAAAUAAAUAAUAAAUGGUAAAAGAAAAAAUGUAUUAACAUGUAAGUCAAAUUUACUUUUAGAGAAAUAUUGUUAAAAUUAUCUCUUUUUUUUUUCUAGAAUUCUUUUGUAUUUUGGGUCGUUCCAGAAUGAUUGUUUUUUUCAUUUAUAAUUCUACUUUGUUUUGUAGAUAAAUUAAUAUAUACAGUAGAGCUGAAUUUCAAUCCUUUCCAUUGAACAGCCUUGAGGGGGCACAAACAUUUGCACUCAACUGCAAUUAUGUAUUCAAAUGUAAAAUGCAAACGAUUCUGAAGCUUGUUGCUUUUUCAAGAAAUUACACAGUGGCCACAAAAAGCUGCACAAUGGCAUCAGGUCAAAAGUUUGUGCCCCCAAUUUUAAGUGUGACAUUAAUAUUUAAUAUUUUUAAGAUGCAAUUCCAUUUUUCUUUUUCUCAUUUUUUCAUUUUACAUUUGAUUGUGUUUUAUUUUAUUUAAAAAUGUUUGUGUGUCCUGAUGAGUGUAUAAACCAAGACCGAUUCAUCUGUUGUUUAGUGACUGAAAAUUGCUCAUAAAAUAAAUUAUGGCAAAAUUAUGUUUAUAUUUAGACAUCAUUUCAUUAAUAAAUAAUUCAGUAUUAA